CGGCGACUAAUGUGCGCACCGAGUCCUUGCUAUCCUACGCGGAUCAUCCCUCCCUCCCCCUUUUUAACCGCCAUCCAGUUUUUCCGUGCUCCUCCAGCCCCCCUUCCCUCCCAAUGGCAGCUUCGCCGUCGCUCAUGGAACCCAGCAGCGAAGCCGACAAGCUCAGCUACGAGAUCUUCACCAUCCUCGAAACUAAGUUCCUAUUCGGCUAUCACGAGCCCAAGCUUUUCCUCCCCGAAUCCUCGCCGGAGAUUCCCUCGAAGAAACCUUCUGGCGAGAGGGCUUCCUCGCCCGGCAAGGUCUGCAUCCUAUCCAUCGAUGCCUCUAAUGACUGCCUUCUCGCAGCUGCCUCCCUCGCCCACCUUGAAUCCUCCCUCCAACGCCUAUCUGGUGAUCCCGCCGGCCGAAUCGCUGAUUUCUUCGACAUCGCUGCAGGGUCCGGCACUGGAGGCGUCCUCGCGGCCUUGCUCUUCACUCGCGGCCCUGAUGGUCGACCAAUAUCUGCCGAUGAUGCUCUCUGCUUCUUGUUGAAAACUGGCGCGCUAUGCGAUUCUGCUGGCGAGCGGAAGGGGUUUUUUCGCCGGAUGUUUCGGCGAUCUGGGAGCUCUAAUUUUAGAAAGGUAUUCGGGAAGUUGACGCUGAGAGAUACGAUGAAGCCUGUGCUGAUCCCCUGCUACGACCUUACUACUGGCGCGCCGUUCCUCUUCUCCAGGGCUGAUGCAGUGGAGGCUGAUACCUACGAUUUUCUGAUAAAGGAAGUAUGUGCGGCGACGUGCGCCGGCAGGGUGGCUUCAGAGAUGAAGUCAGUCGAUAGCCGAGCUCGUAUUGCUGCUGUGGGAGGUGGGUUAGCAAUGCCAAACCCUGCAGCGGCGGCCAUCACGCAUGUGCUUCACAAUAAGCAGGAAUUCCCUUUUGCUGCUGGUGUUGAUGAUCUCAUCCUCGUUUCGCUUGGUAGUGGAGAACAGGAUACCGCCGUCGGCUGCGCUUCGCCGUCCACGGAUGAAGUCGUGCGCAUUGCUGCAAAUGGUAUGGCCGAUGUGGUAAGUCCCGCUUCAGCUAAUCAAAUGGUUUUUAUGGAUUUAAUUACCCUCUCUGUUUCCUCCCUCUGCGCAUGCCCUUUUUACAGAAAAUAUUUUGUCGUUUAUCUCAAUUCAGCAGGAAAAAAAAUAUUAUAUUCGGAUGAAGAUUGGGUGCAGAUAUAA